CCUCCUCUUAAUCAUCCUCUUGCUCCUUCUCUUCCUCCUUCUCCUCAUCCUCUUGAUCCUCCUCAUCCUCUUCAUCCUCCUCAUCCUCUUGCUCCUCCUUCUCUUCCUCCACUUCUUCCUCCUCCUCAUCCUCUUCAUCAUCCUCAUACUCUUGCUCCUCCUCCACUUCUUCCUCCUCUUGCUCAUCUUCUUAAUCAUCCUUUUAAUCCUCCUCUUGCUCCUCCUCAUCCUCUUCAUCCUCCUCUUAAUCAUCCUCUUGCUCCUUCUCUUCCUCCUUCUCAUCCUCUUGCUCCUCCUCAUCCUGUUCAUCCCCCUCUUGCUCCUCCUCCACUUCUUCCUCCUCUUGCUCCUCAUCCUCUUCUUAAUCAUCCUCCCGUUCCUCCUCCUCCCCCCGAUCCCCUUCCCAUUCCUCUUCCCCAUCCUCCUCAAGAUCCAACCACUUCCUCCUCUUCCCGAUCCUCGUCCCAAUUGGCCAUUGUGAAUCCACGCCCCUCAAAGUGGAUCCGAGAGGAGCUCCCCGGGUCUCUGCUGUGGCCAGGAGAUGUUAACUACCUCGCCGGGGUUCGAGCGAGCGAGCACGCGGGCGAGGCUCCUCCGACCCCGAGACUCCGGCCUCACGGAGCGAGGAAGGCGGCAGGAGGAGAUCCUUCCGGCCGUGAGAUGUCGCGUCGUAGAGGGGCCGACGAGCCACGCCGAGACGCUGCCACUACUGCUACCGGCCGGGCGGGGCCCUCGCCUCCGGAGCCGUGUGCUGAGCAAACGGACGAAGCGGGGUCUGGGCACGAGGGGUGGCGGCCGGUGAAAACGGAGAGGGAAGAAGACGCCCCCUGCGACCACGGUGACGACGGCGCUCGCGGAGCCGAGGUUCGGAUCAAGGAGGAGGAGAACGUCGCGAGCGACGGGGGAGCCCCGGAGAGUCCGGCCACCGACGAUGACGGUGGCCGUGCUGGGAAGCGCGGAGAGGCACUGCGGCUACCGUGGGGAGACCGAGCUGCUGCCAUUGCUGCUGCUGCUGCGGCUCCUUCGGACGCAGCGGAGAUCGAGGUUGUGGUGGAGGAUGACGGCGACGGUUACUCCGCGGGCCUGGCGUUCUCGGCGGCGGUGGCGGCGGCGGCCGCGGCGAAGAGGAAGCGCGUUGUGCUGACCAUCGAGCAGAAGUUCGAGAUCCUCUCGCGCAUCGAAACGGGCCACACGAGGGAGAGGAUCGCGGCCGACUUCGGCAUCGGCAAGAGCACCGUCACGUCCAUCAAGAAGGCGGAGGCGAGCCUCAAGUCGUUCGUCGAGUCCACGGAGUCCUUCACCUCCUGCAGGCAGAGGAAGAUCAUGCGCGGCGCCCAGGACCACCAGCUGGACAGCGCCGUCUUCACGUGGCUCGUGCAGAGGCGGAGCGAGGGCCUGCCCGUGUCUGGCCCCAUCGUGAGCGACAAGGCCAAGCAGCUCAACGCCAUCCUGGGCGGCGACCCCGACUUCAAGGCGUCGACCGGCUGGCUGAAGCGCUUCCAGCAGCGCCACGGCAUACGGCAGCUCUGCUGCGCGCAGGGCGGGCGGCUUUCCGCCGCCGCUGCCGCCGCUGCUGCGGCCGCUGCCGCGGCGGCCGAGGCGGAGGAGGAGUGGACGCGUUGCGACGGUGGAGGCGAGCCCGGCUACCGCAUCCUGGCGGACGAGGACAUCGACGCCCUGGUGACGGAGACCGAAGCGUCGGGGCGUGCGGCAAUGGACGAGGAGGAGGAGGGGGGCGUGGAGGGGGACUUCAAUGGCGAGGAGGAGGAGGAGGAGGAGGAGGACGAGGUGGCGGAGAGCCCCGGCUGCGGCGUCUCGCACGCCGAAGCCGGCGAGUGCCUCCGGAGGGCGCUGUGCUGGCUGGAGCGGCAGCCCGAGGCUCGGCCGGUGCAGCUGGCGCUGCUGCGGUCGCUGGUCGGCAUGGCCGCCGAGAAGGAGAGAUCGCCGGGUGGGGGGGCGAACGGAGAAGCGUUGACCAAAUAGAGAAAGAGACCUUCCAUCCGUGGUUCGAUCCCCCCUCACCCCCCUUGCCCCCCUCCCUCCCCUCGCCCCCCUUGCCCCCCUUGCCCCCCUCGCCUCCCACGCCCCCCGACGAAGCUCGUCACGUUCAACCAAGGCGUUAUUAUUUAUUGACGUGCCAAUGAUCGAUGUAUUUAUCGAGAUCCGACCAAUAAAGCUCCCCCCCCCGCCCCACCGCCCGUGCCCGGCGGCUUACAAGAACCGUUCCCUUGCGACGGAAUUCGGCGGCGUCAGACUCCAACAUGGAACCGAUGUCUCAUUAUCACAUCCACCACCACCUACUACUACUGGACACACCGAGAGCGGCUUCGGCCCGGGGCACUUCUUGCACCCGGAGCCUGCGAAAGACGACGACAACAACGGGGUGAUGUGGAUCAU